UGUAAAGAAACGGGGAAAGGGGUUUUAAAAGCUCUUUUUAAUCCCCACGCCUCUUUCUUUCCCUCAUAAAGCCACGCACUUCGAUCGAGUAAUAGUAACUGAAAUUAGUAUUGAUUAAUUAAUUAAAACAGCCAUUGAUAACAUUAAUAAUGGUAAAUAAAUAAUGGGGGACAUUCCCUUUAAGAAGCGCCGCUGCGCAUGCGCAGUGACGGUGCCUGCUUCAUACGCGUGGCGCCAUCGUUGCGCAUGCGCCAGAAAGGCCCGCGGCGGGCGCGUCCGCAUCCCGCGCAUGCGCACGAAUAGAAACAACGCCCACAACGCUCUCUGAGCGUUGCGCAUGCGUACAAAAGGCGGGGGAUUCACCGCUCUGGGCAAAGCUGUUUGCAUCUCUAUGGUCCCUGGCAGGUGAAGCCGGAAGUAGAUGCUGAAGUGAGGGCAAGCGGAAGUAAGUGGGCGAAGAAGAGUUUUCGAGAUGGCAGAUGGCGUUGGUCAUCCUUCCCCGGAUCCUCCUCCUUUGUCCUCGUCAUCCUCCUCCUCUCUGGGGAAGGGUCCACCCAGCAAGACCUACCGCAGCGCCCAUCAUUCCCAGUCCAUGCUGAGCGGGUUGGGAGCCCUCCGGGAGAGAGGGGUCCUCUUCGACGUCGCCCUCCGUGUCGAAGGGAGGGCCCUCCUCGCCCAUCGCAUCCUCCUCGCCGCGUCGUGCGACUACUUCAGGGGCAUGUUCACUGGGGGCCUGAGGGAAGCAGUGCAAGAGGAGGUCCAGAUCCAGGGCGUUUCGUACACUGCCAUGUGCCAGAUCCUGAACUUCAUCUACACUUCAGAGCUGGAGGUCAGGCUGAGCAACGUGGAGGAGAUCCUCGCCGCAUCCUGCCACCUUCAGAUCCCGGAGGUGAUGCGCUUCUGCUGUGACUUCCUGGCCGCCUGGGUGGAUGCCGACAACAUCCUGGAUGCCUACCGCCUGGCCGACCUCUACGCCUUGCGCCGCCUAAGCGACCACCUGGACGCCUUCGUCCUCAGGAACUUCGUCGGCUUCUCGCGGACGCAGGCCUACCGCCGCAUGCCACUGGACAAGCUCCUCACCCUCCUCGGCAGCGACGCGCUCCAAGUGGCCUCCGAGAACGAGGUCUACGAAGGUGCGCUGCUCUACCAUUACACCGCCGAGGACCUCGAGGCAGACCGCAUCUCGUUGGCGCAGCAGCCGCCGCUCCUGGUCGCCGUCCGGUUCACGUUGAUGGACGCCGCCGUCCUCCAGCGCCUCCACGACCGCCUCGCCGCUUGUCCCCUGAAAGAGACGGUCGCCGCCUCGCUGGCAUACCACCGCGACGAGGCAUUCCAGCCCGUCCUCCAGACGCCCCGCACACGUCUCCGGUCACAGUUCCGCUGCGUGGUGGGCUUCGGGGGGAUGCGCGAAGCCCAGUCCGCAGUGCUUACCCGCCAGGCCUGGAUCCUGAACCCCGUCCUGCGUGGAUGGCGCCAAUUCGCCACCACGUCAGCGCCGAUGUUGUCCAACCAGGGGGUCGCCGUCUUCAACGACUUUGUAUACCUCAUCGGGGGUGACAACAAUGUGCGUGGUUACCGGGCGGAGGCGCGGUGCUGGAGGUAUGACCCGCGCCACAACCGUUGGUUCCAGAUCCGUUCGCUCCAGCAGGAGCACGCCGACUUGGCGGUCUGCGUCCUUGGCAAACACAUCUACGCCGUGGCCGGGCGCGAUUACCGUGAAGACCUGUGCGAGGUUGAGAGGUACGACCCAUGGACGAAUGCCUGGGAGUACGUCGCUCCGUUACGGAAGGAGGUCUACGCUCACGCCGGGGCGACCUUGGAGGGGAAGAUGUACAUCGUGUGCGGAAGACGCGGCGAAGAGUACCUGAAGGAGCUGCGCUGCUAUGACCCCGCGGCGAACUGCUGGGAGGACCUCCCCGACAGCCCUUUCAGGCGGGCCUGGCACAGCAUGGCCGCCUUGAUGGGGAAGCUGUAUGUCGUCGGGGGCAGCGCCAAAGAAAUGGGGUUUCGGAAGGACGUCCUGGAGGUGGCUUGCUACUCGCCAAACUCUGCGCAAUGGACGACAGUCGCACCGCUCCCCAGCGGCCACGGUGAAUCCGGCCUUGCUGUCCUGGACCACACCAUCUAUGUAAUCGGAGGCCGCUCUCACAACCGCGGCAAACGCACGGACAAUGUCCGCAUCUAUGAUGCGCAGCGCGACCGCUGGGAGCAAGGCCCGUCGCUGGAGAAGGACGUUUCAGGGAUGGCCGCCUGCGUCAUCACCAUCCCCAGGUCCGUGGUGCUGGACGUUGAACAGUCGCCAGUGGAGAGGUGGCGCGGCUACAGCACGGGAGGACGCCUGGCACACGGCGUCGAGGACAUGAGCAGCGUCCUGGAUUGGGACGACCUCGAAGAACUGAGCGACGAUUGAACAAUUAUUGGACUGGGCCUAUCGGGGCAAAAUGGCCGCCCGACCUGCACAGAGUUUUCAGGGAUUAAUUUACGGGUUUUUGUGGAGGAAAGAUGGUGGAGGAUUUGCGCAGUGAAGGACAUUACGGGCGGUUUUUCUUCUCCACCAUAUUUGCCAUUAACGUGAACGGAGCAAGGCGAUUAAUCGUCUUUUUUAAAUAUCAAUUUCGAAGAAACUGUGACGGGUGCGUUUUUUCUUUCGGGUUUUUUCAUUUGUUGGACUUUUAACCCCAUUAAAAAGGAAAACAAAUACAGAAAGAAAACCGUGUUUGUCUGGGGGAUUCUGGGAAAUGUAGUCCAAGAAACGUCAGGGGAUGUUUGCUUGUUGAAAGCUGUGAGAGGAAAAAAAGGCGGUAAAACGGCUUCUGUCAAAAUUUACCU